UAAAUGUUAAUCCAAGCCUUCUUCAAUGUACAUAGGAAACCACCAUGCAAUUUCUUGUGAAAAUUUGGCCAUUCCAUCUCAUUCAAAUAAUCUAUAAAAACCCUAUAGUUUUGUCACAAACAUUCUAAGUUUUAAUUAAUUAAAUUAAUUCAAUUCAUAUCUCAAAAUAUUGAUCAAUGGCAAUUGCAACCAUCACCAAGCCAUUCCGCAGCCGAGUUUUCAAGCUCCGCCUCCGCACCAAGCCAAACACUGCCGCCACCCCUCCGCCGCCGCCGCCGACCACCAAAGCAGAAGAGUUCCGGCAGGUUUUCCGAUUCUUAGACGCCGACAACGACGGAGCCAUCUCGGCGGCCGAGCUGACGGCCUACUUCGCCGGCAUCGGCGACUCGGUGUCGCGCGAGGAGGCGGAGAGGAUCAUCGGAGAGUUCUCGGGAGGCGGUGAUCGGGGUUCGUUGGUGCUGCAGUUUGAGGAAUUCGUGAGGGUGGUGGAGCUGCGGGAGGGCGAGGACGGCGCGGACGUUCUCCGGCGGGCUUUCGAGGUUUACGAGGAGGAGAAGGGCUGCGGUUGCAUCACGGCGGAGGGGCUGAGGCAGGUGCUCCGUCGCCUCGGAGAUGUGAAAUCGGUUGGGGAAUGCAAGGCCAUGAUUGGAGUGUAUGAUCUUGAUGGCAAUGGUGUGCUUGAUUUCGAGGAAUUUUCUAAGAUGAUGAGUUAUUGAUCGGUUGGACAACCAAUUGCUUCGAUUUGAAAUCGGAGAAAGCUUUUUGAAUAUAUGAAAAGAUAUCGACCAUUCAAACUGAUUUGAUUUAUGUCACGAUAGAAAUUAGAAAGGAUAGUGGUCUAAUUAGUGUAUCGAUCUACGUCAUGAUUAAAAAUCUAAUACGUAUUACGCUAUGAAACAGAGGACGUCGAGUGUUUUUUCUUGAUGUGAAACACGUGUGGAUCAACUUAUAA